AUGGCAACUAUCCUUCUCGGAUCCGACGACAAAUAUACUAAAAAUGCUGAGCGUGCCAAAGUGCUCAUUAGACUCCUUUAUGCAGCUCAAAAUUUAGAUGCUGCUCUCGUCCAGUUCGAUAGGCUUUAUUCUAAUCCAUCAAAAAUAGGAACAGACAAUAUACUAUUGGAGUUUGAUGCUCAUGUUGGCGAUUGUGGUUGUCAACUACGCGCUCAAAUGCUCUUGAGCCUUGCAGAAUAUUAUCGCGAUGCAAAAAAACGUGAAUGGAUCAGCAAAGCUAUUCAAGUACUUAGCGGUUCAUCUUCAUCAAAUUCAAUGAUUGAUAUCUUGGAACGUAUCGGAUGCAAACCUCUAUUUGCAAUACUUGACCAAUGUUCAUCCAAAGUGGACUCACACGACGAGCUCAUUGUUCCCAUGACUUCCGAUCAUGUCAACAAAGGUGGAAAACCCGCUGAUACUCAUCAAACAGUAAAAGGAGAUGAAUGGAACAUGUCUAACUAUCGUAUGGUAGCUCGUUUUCUAUCCUACUGCCGUCUCUUAUCGCGCCGGAAAAUAUCCAGUUUAGAACGCGGUGACACACGUAUUCGCUAUCGAUUAGAUCCUUCAUUUGCAAUUGAUGAGACUGUGACGCAACUACAUCGUCUCGAGAUCAUCAAUGACACUCUUUUAUCAAAUCUCACUACUUAUAAUGAUCGGCCAUCUCGUAAAUCGCUCAUGAACGAGGUGGAGAUCAUUCAAACAUAUAUAACACAACUUACUUGUAAUUGGAUAUGUAGUUUAGCGUAUAAAUUAGGACUUGGUCAGCCGAUUCAACAGCUACUCAAAAGUAGUAUUCAAGAAUCAAAGCGCGAACUACAUUGUAUACCUGCAUACACUUCUAUUUUGUUGAUACGCUUUGAGUGGUUCGUCAGAAAUACACCACUUUUUCUUGUCGUUCGCCGUUUUUGCGCUAAAGGUUAUCACAAUGCAUUCUAUCGUGUCUCAAUUAAUUCUGAUGCAAUACGUUCGCAUAUGAAAGCUGUCAAUGAAGACAACUCUUAUAUCGUCGAUUCCGGUAACACCAAUUGGUUUUGUCUUACUCCAGUUUGUGAAGAUUGUGUUUGCACUGAAGACUGGGCUCGUCAACCUCAUGUGAUUAUCAUCACAAAUUCUAUCCAUGGUACUAUGUCAGAAUUCUACAUCCGAAUGGGAAAUGAACAUGACUGUCGACCUCAUAAUGUUGAAUUAUGUCUUGAAUAUGAUGAAUUUAUUAUGAAUGAAUUCAACACAAUCAAUUUCUCAAAAGUAAUGAUGCACAUCUUUAGUGCGCACGAUCAAUAUCCAUUCAAUCUACCUAACAACGAAGAUCAUCAUUGUUUUAUGAGGAAGAUUAUUGACUCGACUCUUGGCCAUAAAGCUGCCAUAAUUUUUGAUCAAAUAGUGAAUGAGACUUAUGAUCAUCGAGCAGAGUGUGCUACUCUCGGUCUUUUGAAUAUACAACAUGUCUUUGCGGAACUUCCCGUUGUUAUUGCUAAUCAAACAAAACAGAUAAUACAACAAAAUGAAAAACCAGUUCCGUAUGGAUGCUUUUGGGCUAAUAGUACAGAUACCACUAGUACCUCAAUCUGUAAAACAGAUUGA